AUGUUGAAGAGCGCAUCUAAGGUGACGAUAAACACCGGCAAUGUGCUAAACCUAAUCGACAUCAAGAAAAAGGCUGGACAAAAUGUUACCGAAGAGCUUUCAGAGAGCAUCAAGCUGACCCUGUCAGAAUGGAGCUCUGUUCAAAACGGCCUUCCAAUCCAAAAUGGUGUUCCGGAGAAUUCGCCUGAAACCUCACAGCAGCACUCGGAUUACAUGGUAGUGUCCACAUCGACAGCCCCCAGUGCCCGUACGGAAACCUUAGUGAAUAUAACCAGGCCUCACGAUGACGUUCACAUCAAAAUGGCGGAAGAGGAACGGAAGAAUCUAAAGAUUGGUGUGAAAAUAUUCAUAAAUGAACAUAGUACGUCGGCACUGACGGAGUGUUUACAGAAUGUGUUCACGGCCCUACAAACAGAGUACAUUGACAACGUGAUCUUGGCGUACAACCCGGACAACGUGAACAGCAGACAAGCCAGGAACGAUGACGACAAUGUGAAGAACACAUCACACAGUACCAAAGCCUCUCCCAUUUCUCUCGGUAGUAAUAUGAAUAUUUCGAGCACGGAUGGAGAAGCAGACAACGAUGCUGAUGCUCGCAAAUGUGAAGCUAUUCUCCCUGGCAUUAAAGUGUUGUGGGCUGUGCUAGAAGAUUAUGUAAAAGAAGGUCGCGUCCAGCAGCUGGGCGUGGCGGACGUGGGCGGCGGCUGCCUGCGCAAGCUGCACGCGUGGGCGCGCGUGCGGCCGUCCAUCGCGCAGAUCAACCUGGCGUCGUGCUGCGUCGUGCCGCCCUCGCUGCACACCUUCUGCCGCGCCAACGACGUGCAGCUCCUCACGCACGCCGACCCACCCGACCUACUAUCACAAGCUGCGGUGAAAACAUUAUCAGACGCUGGAGUCGGGUGCAAUAACCUCGAUUGGUGCGCCCGUUACCAAGUUCACAUAAAAUGCAGGGGAGUUCUCGCACUCAAAGGAUACGUUUGCAAGGCCACGAUCGCACCCAAGCUCGAAAAGAAAUAA